UGAUUGGCUGCAGGUGCGAUGUCGGGUAGAGGGCGUCGGAAGUCGAAUGCGGCGGGAGAUUCCUCGCCGCAGGUCGGCACGUCGUCUCGCACGGGACGCCAGGUCAAGCGUAAGGCGCAGGACGACGGCGACGCUCCGGACGGGAAGCGAUACCGGAAGUGCGAGAAGGCGGGAUGCUCCGCGACGUACCCCAUCUGUUUCGCUUCAGCUACAGACAGGUGUGCAGGAAAUGGCUACACAUCCAGGUGGUACCACUUAUCCGCGGGGGAGCACUUCUGCAACGAGUGCUUUGAAUAUUUUUACCGAAGUUACAAAGAUGGUUACGACAUCUACACCAACUGGAAACGACAGUGGACGUCCAACGGGAAAAGCGAGGCCAGCAUCAAGGCGUUCAUUGCGGACCAGAAGAUCCCGUACUGGGUCCAGUGUACGCGGUCGAACUGCGGCAAGUGGAGACAGCUGUCCAAGGACAUGGAUAUCACCUUAGAACUGCAGCAGAAAUAUGUGUGUGGGAUGACAGCUGCAGGGAUGAAGACAGAAAAAGAUUUAUGCAGCACACCAGAGGAUUCGAGAGUAGAGUUAACCCGUGAGUAUCGCUGGCUGGAAACCCUGAUUCUACCCCCCCUACUGAAGAGGAGUCCUGCAGCCCCCUUCCUCACAGAGUACUACCCAGACGGGGUCGGACUCAGCCCCACCAGUGCCCCCCCUCCUACACAGAGGGGGGGUAAGUCCAAGGUCAACGGAGCUAAAGGUGCAGAAGACAGUGAUGAUGAAGAUCAUGUCCCAAAUAUCCCAGGUCUGUGCCCGUAUUUCCAGCCCUUCUACCAGCCCAAUGAGAAUGGGAAGGCCCUGUGUAUCCGGCCUGAUGUGAUGGAAUACGACGAGGUCCAGGAAUUCCCAGAGUUUGGGAGAGAACAGACUCUGUAUCUGGCACUCAGGAACCUAACUAUAGCACUGUGGACUCUCAACUGCAAGGAAUUUCUGACCCCGAAGAAGUGUGCUGGCCACGUGAUCGUACGCGGUCUGGUGAGGAUACGCUGCGUACAGGAACUAGAGAGGAUCGUGUGCUUCCUGACCAGGAAAGGUCUCAUCAACACUGGACUUCUGAAGGACCCGCCGGGCGGCGCCCUGCUACCUAAGGACUUUGAUGCUGGCACAGUAGUGGUUAUAGGAGCUGGACCAUCAGGCCUUGCUGCAGCUCGACAACUCCACAACUUUGGCACCAAGGUGGUAGUCCUGGAGGCCCAGGACAGAGUCGGAGGUCGGGUGUGGGAUGACCACAGUCUGGGCUCCUGUGUCGGCAGAGGUGCACAGAUCGUCAAUGGAUGUGUCAACAAUCCUGUAGCACUCAUGUGUGAACAGGCUGGGUUAAAAAUGAGGAAGAUGACAGAUCGCUGUGAACUGUUUGAAGAAAGCGGGGAGGCGGCGGAAUCUUCUGUAGACAAACGGACGGACUUCCAUUUCAACGCCAUGUUGGACGCAGUUGCAGAGUGGAGGAAAGACCAGGACAGCUCUCAGGAUGUGCCAUUAGGAACAAAGCUUGCUGAAAUGCACAAGUCUUUUGUGAAAGAAACUUGCCUGACAUUCACAGAGGCUGAAAACAGACUGAUGCAGUUCCAUAUUGGAAACUUGGAGUAUGCCUGUGGCUCAGAUCUAAAACAGGUGUCGUCGGUAAACUGGGACCAGAAUGAGAUGUUUGCCCAAUUCGCGGGCGAUCACACACUGCUCGCAGAUGGCUACGGGAUCAUCCUACAAAAACUGUCAGAAGGACUAGACAUCAGGCUGAACCAGGAGGUAACACAUAUAGACUACACAGGUGAGGAAGUUGUUGUCAAAACCAAGUCAGGAGAGUUUAAGGGCAGUAAGGUCCUGGUAACUUUGCCACUAGCCGUCUUACAGAAGAACGUGGUAGACUUCAAGCCUCCACUGCCUGAGAAAAAGCUUAAGGCUAUCCAGAGCCUGGGAGCCGGACUAAUUGAGAAGGUUGGUCUGAAGUUCCCGAGUAGAUUUUGGGACGCCCGUGUUCAGGGUGCAGACUUCUUUGGACACAUCCCACCAACAGAAGACAAGCGGGGACAGUUUGGAGUGUUCUACGACAUGACUCCCUCGUCCAAAGAAGCUGUGUUAAUGACGGUGGUUAGUGGAGACUCAGCACACCAGAUCUCCAGCCUCAAGGACACAGAGGUCAUUGAUCUGUGUAUGAAGGCCCUCAGGGGCAUGUUCCCAGGACAGAAGGUUCCAGACCCCGUUGGUUACUUUGUCAGUCAUUGGAAGACCCACCCCCACGCCCAGAUGGCGUACAGUUUCGUGAAAGUCGGUUCAACCGGCGAGGCGUACGACACUAUCGCGGAGGAUAUCGACCAGAAAGUGUUUUUCGCAGGCGAGGCCACCAACCGCCAUUUCCCGCAAACGGUAACGGGCGCGUAUCUCAGCGGAGUUCGAGAAGCGAGCAAGAUCGUGGAACCGCCGUUGUCAUGAAGACUGCUUUAGUGAACUUGUUAGCCAUUUAUUUUAUUGUGCAGGAAAAUGCAAAAGUUAACGCCCCCCACAAUGUGCGCUUAUAUAUAUAAACAUAAUGGGUUGGAAUUGUAUAUAUAUACUUGGUCCAAGACCACUUAAAGCGCCUUUAUGAUAAGUUGCGUGGUUAGAAAGCUCUGUGAAUGAAACACACCUGAAAGUUUCUAGGAGCAAUGAAAAUUUUCUUUCAUAGGAAGUGUAAGAAACAGGAGGAGCGAGUAGAAACAGAUAAAAACCCACUGGUCCCGGGCCGGGGUUCGAACCCCGCCCGGGCACCAGUCCGACUCUCUAACGCUCGGCCGAAAAGGUCUAGACCCAUCAGCCUGGUAGCACCUAUGAACCCCCCACUGUUACAAAAGCAAUGGAAAGUUUUUGAUGCAAGACUUCGUGACCCUUUGAGAAAACAAAGCAAACAAAGUUUCUGUGAACUGAAAA